AUGGCAGAAAUUAAUGCGAAGGUGGAAAUGCGUGAAUGGGUUCAGGCCUGGAAAACACUAAAAUCAUCCCAUGGUGGAAACGACAUCUCCUCCAAUUACUUUCAAGCACGAGAAAUCCACAACCGCUCUUGCUUCAGAUGUCGUCACUGGAAUGUAUCUGGUUUGAGAAUGAUAGUCGCGGUUACAUGCACUACAACGACGAAUGGAUGGUCAUUUAUGUCUGCUUUCCCAGCCUUGUGGGACUUGAUGAGCAUAAUUUACCCGUGCGAGAACUUCGGCAUGUUCUUCCUUUCUUGGAGACACUUCAUCUGCCGGGAAUUACGAAAGCUUAAAUGA